CUGAAACGAGAUGUGCUCCUGUUUUUACAACCGUUAAGCUUAAAACGGUAAUAAAAAGCCAAACAGUCACGUAGUUUAUUGCAGAUUAAAUCCAAAUCCGAUAAGACAGCAGACGUCAAGCCGAUAAUACGUUCCAGUCGAACUGAUUUAAGUCUUCCCGCCAAGAACAUUAAAGCUGACCGACAAAAAUUAUUUGUUUUGUAGAACUUUUCAAAUCAAAUACUUCACAAAUUAAUUUGGCGUGUACUUAGUUUAGUUUGCAAUGUUACAAUAAUUAAGACAAAAACUUAUUUUCUCGCAAAUUUAAUUAUAUAUCAUUUUUAUCUCAAAAAAUACAGCCAAAUUAUUUGAUCGAUUACUGUUGAUUAUUUUGUAUGAGGAAAUUGUGAGAUGUUCUUCAUGUUUGAGUCGGAGGAUCAAAUAGAGGAGGAGAUUCGGAACAAGGAAAAGUUGAUCUCCAGAUUGGAGGCGAGAGUUGCAGAGCUGAUAAGCCAGGAGAGACAGUACCACACGUUUCUCACAGAAGGUCCCAAUGAUGAUGAUGAUCUAAAAGAUGUGUCUGUAAUACAGCAGUCAAAGAAGUUGCAGCAAGCGAGAACACAGGGUCAGUCUCUAAUCACACGUUUGAAACACGAGUGCGAGUUACUCCAUCAAGCACAAGAAAACAACAAACAAAUCAUCGACCAACAAAUGUCUUUCAAUAAAAACUUCAGCAGACCAACUGAUGUGCAAUUAAACCAUGUGCAAUUAAACGAAGUCCACUUAGACGAAUACCAUUUAGACGAAGAAACAACAUCGGACAAUGAGUUGCUGAGAUUUAGUCCUGUCAAAAAACAGUCGUUUGCGGAACAUGACGAAAUGAACAAAGGCAACUCCAAGAGAACUUCGUAUGCUUCGACAUCGUAUGUUUACAACGCUCCAACUCCAAAAGAUAACGGAGGUCUACCCGAGCACCUGAAAUUGAAGGCUGACGAAUCGAUUAACGAGAGAGAGAAUCUACAAGAUUGUAAAACAGGACUACACGAUUCCAAGAUUAGCAAUGGGGGAUUCAUUCUCGCAGGCGCCGGGGACUCCCACGAGAAUAGGCAAAAUUACCAAAGAUUCACUGAACCGAAACGAGAAACAAGUUACAGGCACCAGAACAACCAUUUAAAUUCGUCCAAUUUGUAUAAACAAAAAAGCUCCCCUAACCAGGAACGCCCAACAACAUUUAAUCAGCUAUCAACACCUGAUCAAAAUCAAAUACAACAAAGCAAUCAAUCUCAUAAAUAUGACUUGAACACGCAGUUUACACCAAUUAACAGCAGUACACCGAAUUCAAUUAGGAAAAAUUUGCAAGAUGAAAACCAAGAAAAUAAUGAGAGUAGAACCAGUUUAGAUACCACAACAAGCGGCUCAACGGUUUGUACUGCUAUUGAAACUCGCGAUUCAAACUAUAUUUCAAAACUUCAGCGAGAUAUUUUAAAAGAAUCUGGGAUACUUGACGACGAUGAAAUACGUAUCGAGGAAUCGCAUAUAGCUCCGAAGUUAACCAAGUUGUCAAGUUUCAAAGCAGCGGAUGUAAAACGACAACAGGAAACGAAAGCUCCGAGCGUACUUGGGUCGAAUUACGUGAAAGAAGACUUGCAAUAUGACGGAAAAUUCCUCCAAUCAGCACCGGUUGCUGAUAAAUCGCAAGCAGGAGGCUUAGAGGGGGCUUUGGGAAGAACUAAGGAAGCUAAUCCCUCAACUUCAGACUACAGCCGUGGUCAUAUCGGCGCAUCAAAAGACGUGGAAUUACCCUUAGCCUCUAAAGACACCAACAAGGUUUACUUGACUAAAACGGUCAGCAGAAGCGAAAGCCAGCCCCAAUUUAUAACCAGAAGCAAUAACAACCCGACAAACGAAACUAACAGCAAGAAAAGGAUUCAUUUUCGAGAAACGCCGACUCACAACUUCGUUGAGCCGGACAACAAUUUCGCGGCUGAUUUGUCCGACGACGACCCAAUUGAAAGACUCCCUCUUUCUUCGAGGUCGAGGGGAGGUGUGGGGAGUGGUGAUAACAAAGGGGGCUGUUCGAAUUUGAGUCUGUUCGAAGAGUUGGAUCGGCUGAGAAAGAAUAACGCCGCAAUGCAGACUGUCAUUGAUCAACUUACUGAAGAGAUCCAGCUGCGCGAUAAAACGCAAGCCUACUACGAUGACUUGAUCAAUGACCUUGAAUCGCAGAUCCAGCAGCUUUCGCAAAUCAUAACUACCAAACAGCCGUCACCAACUCCAGGAGUCGUGGCAGAUCAUCUGCAGGGUUCAAACAACCUCCCCCCUGGAGUGGGGGGCACAUCAGUUGGAGGUGCAGAUACUCAGUCUAUUAUGAGUGAUCUCAGCCACAUGACGUCACUCACUUCAUCGACAGUGCCCAUUCAGCCUGCUACUCUCUACCAGUGCACCAGAUGUGAGGAGAUGUUCAAAAACCUGGUCCAGUUUCAGACGCACAUAACUCAAUGUCUCGAGCGGGCUCUGUUCAACAAAGAAUCUUCCAAAAUGCGCCGCAGUCGAUCCGCCGCAACCAGUCGAGAUCGAAGUGACAGGGAUCGCGACCGGUCUCAAACCAGCAGUAUUUUCCCUCCAAAAUCCCAAGACUCAAUUAACAAUGCAGCUUCCAACGUGCAGUCACAAGAGAGCAUUAUCACCGCAACAAGCGGAACAACAGCGGGCGCCGAAUCGGUCCGAAACGAAUCCUCGCAGCUGCCGACAACGUCAGCGGCAACGAGGAGUAAUUCCACUUCGGUUUUGUAUCAAAGCAACCGCAAUCGUGCAAAUCGCCGGCACAUUGCAGAGACAUCACUUGACACAGUAGACAGUCAAAGUCAAGGUCAAAAGAUUAGUAUUGUGUCAACUGAUAGCAUAACAAGAAGUACAAAGACAAUGUCUCCUAAUUUCACCAGCACCGAUAUUAAAAAGCUGCCUUCGCAGCCGAUUUUAUCCUACAAAACGUCACCGAAUUACGAAGAAUUAUGGCCUUCGGAAAAUGCAUCUCAAAUGAAACACUCGGACUCAAUGCGAGAUACGUUCGGAAAAAGUUUCGACGAAAUUGCGAGCUCGCUUAGAGUGCAUGCUAGUGCUACGCAACAAAGGCCCAGUUCUUUUGUUCAGGCUGAGAAACCGAAACUUUCUAUGGGUAAAAAAUUAAUGAAAAGUUCAAGUGAUGCUGUUUAUAUACCCAAAGAGUUAAGGCCUCUGCGACCCAAAAUGCCGCCGCCUGUAAGUGAAGAUAAGCAAGCUCCUACCGCUUCCAGUGAAUUUUCGAAAGGUCAACCACCUAAAAGGUCACCCCCUAAUUUUGCGCCGGCCAAUCUACCUCCACGAGGAGCUACAUUAGCUGCAUAUCACAGUACAAGCCCUCAAAUUUCUCCGACAGCUAGCAUGCAACGAAGCCCGAAUGGCAGUUUCACAAUGGGUAAUAAUAAUCAUCAGUCGAACGACAGGUCACGACCACUCGGCCCUCCGCCCCCGAUUCCGAAACGAGGCGAGGACUCAAAGCAGAAGGCGUCGGAACAGGCGAGUAAACGAAGUGCAAGGAGUCGAGUUAAAGACGCUGUUAAAUCUCCGUUUUCGACAAUAAGACGCCGUAUGAAGUCAAUGAGCUCUUUAGAACGGAUUCCAAGAAAUAAAGAUAUCGCAAAGGAGGAGAGUAAACGUAAUGGGACUAUAAAAAGUAAUGAAAACACGUGGGAGUUUUCUAAUAGCCCAAUUCAACGUCAAUAUAACCCUAACUCUGCUUAUAAUAUACCCCAACAAGGGUACCAUAAUGGACCGGGCUCAACUUACUCGCCCCCUCAAAGAGCGGCUAGUUUUUACGGGGGUUCGCUUCGACAACCGGGUAGUCAUAUGAUGUCAAAUCCAGCAAUGUACAGACCUUUACCACCAUCGCCUAAUACUAGAUUUUACAAUCACAAUUACAAAUAUAGUACUAAUGACUCUGCUGCUAGAGCUUUUUUGCAUGGAACCGGGACCGAAGUGUAAUCACGUCAUAGAUGUAAUUUCUCGCGUGACUAAAAACUGAAGGUCAUUUGUCGAUUCACCUGGUAGCCUUAAAUUAUUGAAUACUAUUGAAUAUAAUGAAAAUAUAGAUUUGAAAUCAUUGUUGAUAAAAUUUGUAACUUAAAUCAGCUUUAUUCUUAUUAGCAUCA